AUGACAGCUACUUGGAUUGCUAAAAAUUACAAGAGCAAGUUCAAAAUAAAUCCUUAUCUGAGGCUACAAGAUAUAAUAGAGACAGUCUGGCUAGAGUGGGGGAUUAGGGUCAGCAGAGGUGUAGCUUACAGAGCUAGGAGGAGGGGGCAAAGUUUGAUUGUAGGGGAGUAUAUGGAGCAAUAUACCUUGCUGCCAAGGUAUGCUGCAGAGAUAAAAAAAAGUAACCCAGGUAAUACAGUGAUAAUUAAGAUGGAUGGAAAUAUUUUUGAAAGAAUGUACAUUUGUUUUGAGGCACUGAAAAAGGGGUUCAUAGCUGGAUGUAGGCCUUUUAUAUCUCUUGAUGGAUGUUUCUUAAAAGGACCCUAUGGUGGACAACUUUUAGUUGCUGUUGGGAGGGAUGGGAACAACCAAAUGUUCCCAAUUGCAUGGGCAGUAGUAGAGGUUGAAUCAACUUCUAGUUGGACAUGGUUUUUGACAUUUUUAGGGGAGGAUUUAUUAUCAAAUGAAGGUGCUGGUUACACUUUCAUGUCUGAUCAGCAGAAAGGUUUAUUGAAGGCUGUGUCAGAUGUGUUUCCCCAAGCUGAGAGUAGGGUAUGUGCAAGGCAUGUUUAUUGUAACUUCAGAGGGGUGUUUGGUGGUGGCUUAGAGUAUAGGAAGCAGUUCUGGAUCAUGGCUAAGAGCACCACAGAAAAUGAAUUUUUCCUUAACUUAGAGAAGAUGAGGAUAAUAUCUAAUGCAGCUGCUGAUGAUCUCCUAAAUAGGAACUACAAGAAAUGGUGUAGAGCCUUCUACACUCCUCUAUCUUGUUGUGAUAGUGUGGAUAACAACAUGAGUGAGGUUUUCAAUGCCUACAUAUUGAACUCAAGGCAUAAACCUAUAAUUACUAUGUUGGAAGACAUCAGGGAGGGGAUAAUGGAGAGGCUACACAAGAAGAGGGAUGAAAUAGGGAAGAAGAGAUGCUGUUGUGUCCAAGAAUACAACAGCAAGUUGAGAAGCACAAGAUUGGUGCUAGGGGAUGGAAUGCAUUCUGGGAUGGGGGUGGUUGCAAUUUGGAACAAAGUUGAUCAACCAGAACAUUAUGUUAACCCAUUCUUCACCAAAUCAGUGUAUUUGAAGGCAUAUGACUACUUGUUGGAGCCUAUAAAUGGAGCAGAAGAGUGGCCUAGUUCAGAAACUUUGGUAAAUGCACCAAAACUCAAGAAAGUGCACAAUAGGCGCCAAGUGAAGAGAAGGAAGGCAGCUGGAGUGUUAAAUAUGACUUGA